CCGAGCGCGAGCACCGUGCAUCAUUGCAUGCUGCAACGUCCCGAUCGCGUCGUUCAUUCGAUUCGCGGCCGAUACAUCCCGUGAGAGUCGACGAUCGCGAGGCUACGUGGUGUCGGAAACUCAAUCCCGUCGAGGAGGAAAAUCUAAAAUUUAACCGAAUGUACAAACUCAUUAAUGAGCCCGGGGACAUUCGAGAUCGCCGCCACGAAGGCGUUAUAUUUGUUGGCGGUUUCUAAGGGACCCCGUAGUAAUUUUCACGGACAAUCACUAGUAUAUAUACUAGAUCGAAAGCCGAGGAGAAACGUAUUGUUACAAUACAUUCCCAUCCCCCUGUGGCCGGAGUAUCCCCGCCGUCGAUUUGUCAAUUCAUUCAUUCAGCCUCGUCAACUUUCACACGUCGCGAGUCGUCUCUCGCCCGUGGAGUCGUUUCGGGUCGUCUUGUUUUAUUACGCCGCAAAUCGCCGCGAGACAAUCUCGUGGGAACGGUCGCGUCGAAUAUAGAAACUUUUAAUGAGCACAGAAAGGUAAUCGCUCGCCGUAAAGGCGUCGUUCCAUCGAUUCCUCAAGAGUUCCGCCAAUCGCCCGAGUAAUUUCGUGGACACUUGUUCGCACCGUACGUACGGAAACGUAAAGUAACAAGUUCUCCGCUGCCACUCCUCCCCCCUCUGUCAAAUACGUUUCCAAUUUUUGUGUCCAAUAUCUCGUUACCGAUUCAUCGGCUCGUUCAGAUAUGGGGUUCCGCGAGGUUUCGUGCAUUAAAAGUCGAUAAAUUCGCGCUACUUUGCCAUUCAAAUGUCGCGAGUCACUCGAGAUUUAAUAAAGCCGAUCAGCCGAAUCCGUCUUGGAUAUCGAGGAGUCACGUAAUGCCGCGCGAUUCUAUAGCAGAUAUACGCGAUGCUUGGAAGGUGUUCCUCGCGAGAACGCCUUCCGAGGGUGGCACGCGAUCUCCCGAGACUUCAAUCCGCGGAAUUUCUUAGCAAGGCUCGUAUCUCGCGCUGUGUUACAAAAAUAAACUGUCUUCACCAACAAGAGAUCGCAAAAUAUCGCAUAAAAAUUUGAUAAUAAUCGCGUAUUAAACUUGAAUUUUCUCUCAAAGAAAUAAUACAUUUUCAAACGGACCUUGCAGUUAUAAAAAUUUAAAACUGAAAUUUCUUUCCGUAAUUACACUCAUCGAUGUCUCGUCGGCUCAAAUGUAGGUUUAGUCGAUUAAACUUUAUCGAUUAAAAUUUUCCUUGACAAGACAUUACAAAAUAAUCGAAAAAUCAACCAACAAAAUUAAUCAAUCAUCAUGUGUGAAAUCAUGAAUAUUUUAAUCGAUUGAUGAAAUCAAUUUUUAAUCUAAUAAUUAAUAUUAAUCACACCGAAGUUUGAUUCAUAAUUAAAUGCGUCAAUCAGUGAAGUUAUUUGAAAUUUAACAUACAACGAUCGAUUAAUUUUCAUUAAUAAUUUACCAGUUAUUUGAGACAAAGGAGAUUUUCACUGAUUAAUACUCAACAUGUUUAUUGAUAAUUUACAAAUUUGACCCAACACAUAUAUAUCGAUUCACUGCCACGUAAAGUGUAACGUCAAGCCUACAGUCCGAAAAGCAUUUUGUUUCUUAUUGGCGCUUUUUCCCGGCGCAUUUUGACGGUGAUUUUCCUCCGAAUUUUAUACCGAUCUACUGUCAAUCAAUUCGUGCGAGUAUGAUUGAACACGAAACAGACAGGGAAGGAGAAGAAACAAUAACUACAUUUGCGUCCUCACUUAACUUCACCCGGCGUUCUUGCCCCGCAAAUAAAAAGUAUUUAUAACCCGCAGAGAAAGAUUUUUCGAGCCUACAGAGCCGCAUAUGCCUUUUCCUUCGACUCAAGGUUAUUGGAGCACAUUCCCAAAGUUUGACGACCUAUUUCAGAAACGCCUUAUAUCAGCAGGUUUGUCUCGAUGGCUUCCUCCACUUACGGCACUCACAGCAAAGACUAUACCACUCGAAAUUUCUCGAGGAACUUGCGGCCGAAAGGUAACUCCGUGAGUUUCGCGCGCAACCUUUCUAACAUCCCACAUCUAUAAAUCAUAUCUCGGCAAAGCCAAUAAAACCUCGGCGGUGAGGGGGAUGGGGGUGGAGACUGCGGACGAACAAAUAAACAUUUACUUCAUCGCUGCCCGCGUGUAUCGGAAGAAUCGGAGGGAGUACAAUCUCGGCGCGAUAUGAAGUGGGAGUGAAGAUUCCGCAAGGAAAGUGAGAGCUGCGUCUCGGCUGAGGUUCAAACAAUGUACAAACUAUAUCGGCGACGUGAGAGUGCCGAUGGCGUCGGGACGCCAACAGCAGAAAUUGAAAAAAUCAUUAUCAGGAGCACCUCGGGUGGAUGCAAGGACCUCGCUCGAGUGUGCUAUUGAUCGUAACUGGAGGUUCUAAUACCGAGAACCCUUUCGAGGUUCGUCAUGCUGGUCUUAGAAGGUAACCUGACAUCCUGGGGUGGCAACUGGACGACGAUGUUGCACCAGGUGUCCUGCAAUGACACACUUCUGGGCUGCGCCGAGAUGUGCGACAUCGGUUCCAGCGGAUUCGACCACCUUUGCAUGGUCGAGAAGGGAACCUUCGCCUCUUCGAUGACGCUCUUUUGUACACCUUGCGACUACACGACUUGCAACGUCAACGUGUCGUUGCUCCUCAACGGCCUCGAAAGCAUCGAGGGUAUCUUCCUAUCCAGGAUACCGACGAGGGAUUGUAACGCCACGUCGUUCGCCGAACAAAUUUUGGAGUGUACCCCGGCCGGCGGCAUCGCGGAAGACCUGGCCGUGUCCUGCUCGCACCGAUCCAGACUUGAUGGCGCGGGCACCAAGGCUCGUCGAUUCGAUUGGAGCUUCCUGUUCGCGGCGGUAUUCAUAGCCGCCGGUGGACUAGGAAAUAUAUUGGUUUGUCUUGCCGUGGUAUUGGACAGGAGGCUCCAUAACGUGACGAACUACUUCUUGCUGUCGCUGGCAGUAGCUGACCUCCUCGUGAGCCUCUUCGUCAUGCCACUGGGUGCCAUACAGGGAUUUCUAGGUAUAAUCAAUCCUUCGAACAUCACACCGCGACCGGGAGUAUGCGUCAUUAACAACCGUGCAUUCUUCGUAUUCGGCUCCUUGAUCGCCUUUUACAUACCCAUGAUCGUCAUGGUGGCGACUUACGUGCUGACGGUGCAGCUGCUUCGCAAGAAAGCGCGUUUCGCGGCCGAGCACCCCGAAGGCGAUCAGUUUCGCAGAUUGGGCGGUAGAUAUGCGUCCGCGAAAACGUCGUCUACGGCGUCCUCGUCAUCCACGACUACGACUACGACUACCGCCAUGAGGUCGUCCACCUCUUCGGCCAGACAAGCCCGCGUUUCCGGUUGCAACGCGGAAACGGAAAGCGACGACAGAUGCGUUGGCGUGAGAAAGGACCUGCCGCAGUUAAAGUUCGCGGUGAACGGCGCCGGAAGUCCUGCCGCAGGACCUCAGCUCAAGUCGAAAGUGGAUCAGGCAACCCAAACGCCGGAGAACAUCGCGCGCGAAACAAGAAACUUCACCUUGCGGGCGCUGAAACUGCAAUUGAACGUCACGCCGACUACCUUGAACCUCAGAUUUCUGGCGGGGAGAACGAGGAAGAGAUCCUUGGCCGCGAACGCGGUUGCAACCGAACAGAAAGCCAGCAAGGUUCUCGGACUGGUGUUUUUCACGUUCGUGUUAUGUUGGGCGCCGUUUUUCCUGCUUAACAUCUUUUUCGCCGCGUGUCCCACGUGCUCUGUGCCAGGACACGUGGUGGACACGUUUCUCUGGCUGGGUUACGUGUCCUCGACAAUCAACCCGAUUAUCUACACCAUCUUCAACAAAAUCUUCCGAGCCGCGUUCAUUCGUUUAUUAAAGUGCAAGUGUUCGAGGUCGGCAAGACUUCCUAGGUAUCGUUCGGUCACGGAGAGCGGAAGGGGCGCGAUGGGCCUGUGCACGUCGGGUGCUCUUCCGCUUGCCAUUAGUUUCCAGGGUACACCCUUGCUAACUCCGUCGUCGAACCCAACGCCGACGCCGGCGUCGGGCAGCUCUUUCGUGACGGUGAUGCACAGAACAACAGACUCAUUGUAUCGAGACACAUUUCUGAUUCACGAACGCGAGCAGGGCGAUUAAUUUCCUCGGCCGCGACGAACUAACGGAUUGUCUCGAUCGACACGACUCGCAGAAUUAUUCCGUUGAGUACUUGUCAAUUUUUUAAAACCGCGCAAUGGAUAAAUGUUGUAGAAGUCGAGCUUAGGAAUCAAAUUCAUGUAUGAUGCGAAAUAAAGUAAUACCACUUUGCUGUUUUGAUA